CUUUGACAUAUGUCCAGGCCGUGUGCAGGAAAAGGGAUUUUGGACUUUUGGAAUAUAUAGUCGUUGACACUGACGGACGGCAUCUUGUGAACAAUGUUGUCGCUCACAGGACUGAUCAUAGUCAUUUGCUAUGGAUUCUGCGAUGCUAACUUGCGCUAUGCCGUCAUCUUUCCCUCAGAAGUCUAUUCAAAACAAUCUGAACUUGUCUGUCUACACAUGGUGGGCAUGGUGGGAGAAACAAGUGUGCAGUUGGUCUUACAAAAGGCGACCAGUAACAUAACACUCUUUGAAAGCAACCUUCAGGAAAACACUUAUUUCCACUGCAUUCCUUUCCAGGUUCCCGAGCCGUCAGAUGGCAAUGAAGAAGUGGCUACAAUUCAUGCUGCAAUUAACCAUGCUGGCAAUUCAAUUUACAAAAAAAGUAAACUUCUUCUAAAGGGCAAACGAGCAGCAACCUUUAUCCAGACAGACAAAGCCAUCUAUAAACCCGGGCAAACUGUAAAAUUCAGAGUUGUCUCACUGAAUGAGAAUUUCCAACCAGGAAAGAACCAGUUAUCAGCCGUAAAGUUACAGGAUCCAGAGAAGAACCUAAUCGGACAGUGGCUAAAUGUCAGCCUCAGUCAGGGAAUUGCUGAGCUCUCCCUCCCUCUCUCUUCGGAGCCUCUGCUAGGAGAAUAUUCAAUCCACGUGAAGGACAAAGUCCAUACAUUCAGUGUGGAAGAAUAUGUUCUGCCAAAAUUUGAGGUCACCCUUCAUUUUCCCAAAGCCGUUGUCAUCACUGAUGAGAAAUGCACAUUACAAUUGUGUGGCAGGUACACCUAUGGGAAACCAGUGAAGGGUAAUUAUAAGAUCCAAGUAUGUCGAUCGAAGGUUCCUUACUAUUAUACCACGAGUCCUGAUGUUCCUUGUGUAGACUUCACAGGAGAACUGGAUAUCUCAGGAUGUUCAACUGUGCAAGUGCCACUGGAUACCUUUCACCUAAACAGAAGAAGACUGCAGAUGAAAUUGCUUGGGAACGCAACCAUCACGGAGGAGGGGACAGGAAUUGAGUUAUCGACAACAACUGACACCAGUAUCUUAGAUGAAAAUAUUAAAGUGAAUAUUUUUGGCUCCGACACCACUUACAAGCGAGGAAUCCCAAUGAGAAUCCAGGUUAAAGUAUCGGAUGCCAGUGACACCGUCAUCCCAGGAAAACAAGUCUACCUCACUUAUAACUCUAAACUUGACACAAUAGUGAAAACCCUGGUGACAGGCCCGGAUGGAAUAGCUUCCUUCAAUAUAGACGAUACUACUGACUGGAAGGGCAGAGUAUCUUUCACAGCAACUGUAAACCAAACCGACUACACACCUCCUGAUCAGUCUGACUCCAAAGUUCCCAGCAAUGUGUUUGCACACCUGAAAUUAUCACCUUUUAGAUCUCAUAUUAGCAGCUUUAUUAAGAUCCAUCCUCCUGGUGCUAUCCUCCCAUGUGAUGGGCAGCAAGAAGUGAAGGUGGAUUAUAUCAUCAAACCAAAAGAACUACAGGAAGGGGUCAGCCAUCUUCAUUUACAUUAUCUGGUCAUUACGAGAUUUUCUAUAAAAUACUCUGGACAGCUGGAAAUACCAAUAAGAAGUAUAGAUAAAGAUGAACGUGGUGACGUGGUACUCAAGCUUCCUCUGACUACAGAUAUGGCACCAACCUUUAGCAUUCUUGGUUACAUUUUGUUUCCUAAUCAAGAUGCUGUAGCAGAUUCUGUUCAAUUCAACAUGGAGAAGUGUUUUAGGAAUAAAGUAUCAGUCAAAUUCCUCCCGGGUGAAGUUCUUCCAAAAUCAGAUGUGUCUCUCCAGGUUGAGGCUGCUCCUGGAUCUCUCUGUGGUCUGCGAGUGGUGGAUAAGAGUGUGGUACUGAUGAAACCAGACAAUGAGCUAACCGCUACUAAAGUUUUUGAUCUUUUCCCAAUUUCCAGUUCACAUACAUAUAACAGACAAGUUGUGGAUGAAACGGAAUGUAAAUCCAAAAGGUUUUACUAUUUUAGUCGAAGAGAUAGUAACGAAGGUGAUGUGUGCGCCUAUUUUGAGAACUUGAGCCUAAAAAUAAUGACAAGUGCUAAAAUACAAAGUACAAGAAUAGGCUUUGAAUGGAAUAUGCUGAAUGCAAAGGUUAUGGAGGAGGAGCAGGAGGAGGAUUUUGUCCUGUUUGAGACAUCAGGCAUAAUUCCUGUCAAAAAGCAGAAGUCAGUGAUAAGACAUUAUUUCCCUGAAACAUGGAUUUGGAAACUGGAAGCUGUUGGGGACUCUGGGAUUGGCAUUCUCCAUGACACCGCUCCUGACACCAUCACAGACUGGCAUGGUGGGGCUUUUUGUACGGGUCCUGGAGGUUUUGGGAUUGCUUCGCCUGUACCUUUUCGAGUUUUCCAACCUUUCUUUGUGGACAUCACUUUGCCAUAUUCAGUGAUCAGAGGAGAAACUUUCACUCUUAAAUCCACAGUUUUUAACUAUUUGAAACAGUGUAUAAAGGUUAGGACUACACUUAUACCAUCUGCAGAGUUGGAAGAGAGGCCAUGUGAUGACUGCCAAUAUAGCAGCUGCCUCUGUGUAGAUGAAAGCAAAACCUUCUACUGGAACCUUAAAGCCUCCAAACUGGGGCAUGUGAACGUCACUGUAACAACAGAAGCUCUGGACACACAAGAUUUAUGCCACAAUGAGGUGCCUAUUGUCCCGAAACAGGGAAGCAUCGAUACGGUGGUAAAGCCAUUGCUUGUUCAGCCAGGGGGAGUGUUAGAGGAGAAAUCAUACAGCGCUCUACUGUGCUGUCAAGGAGAAGAUGAUUCUAAAGUGGAAGAGAUUUCAUUGAAGAUUCCUGAAAACAUUCUGAAGGAUUCUGAAAGAGCCAACAUUGUAGUAAUUGGAGAUCUAAUGGGCACGGCAAUGCAAAAUUUGGACCGUCUUCUGGCCAUGCCAUAUGGAUGUGGUGAACAGAACAUGGUCCUAUUUGCCCCCAACAUUUUUAUCCUUCAGUAUCUGGAGAAGACUCAUCAACUGAAUAGUGAAAUUAAAAACAAAGCUACUAAGUUUCUGGAGAGCGGAUAUCAGAGAGAACUGACUUAUAAACGUGAUGAUGGAUCAUACAGUGCGUUUGGGAAAAGUGAUAGCAGUGGAAACACCUGGUUGACUGCCUUUGUAGUGAAGUCCUUCAGUAAGGCUCGGCCAUACAUCUUCAUAGAUGAAAACCACCUUAAACAUUCUUUCUCCUGGAUGAAGAAAAACCAACAAGUCAAUGGCUGCUUUGGGAGUGUAGGACGACUUUUUAAUAAUGCUAUGAAGGGAGGAGUAACAGAUGAAGUCUCACUCUCUGCAUAUGUUACCAUAGCUCUGCUGGAGGCUGGAAUAUUAAUAGAGGAUCCUAUGGUCAGAGAUGCUGUGUCCUGCCUAAGGACAGCAGCUGAGACUGUCACUAAUGUAUACAGCCAGGCUCUGUUGGCCUAUGCCUUUACUUUAUCAGGAGACACGGAGCUCAGGGAGGCGAUGAUGGACAAACUUGAGGCACAAGUUGUGAGAGGAAAUCGUGAGCAGCAUUGGGAACGUUUGUCCAAACCUCAGUCUGCAGACUCAUACUGGUCCCGAGCUCCAUCAGCAGAGGUGGAGUUGACCUCAUAUGUGCUCCUAGCCGUCCUUUCUGGUCCAACUCAAGAUUUAGUCAAAGGCUCAGAGAUUGUAAAUUGGUUGAGCAAACAACAGAAUCCAUAUGGAGGAUUUUCUUCUACCCAGGACACAGUGGUGGCUCUUCAGGCAUUGGCCAAGUAUGCAGAGGCCACCUUCAGUGACAAAGGAGAUGUGACUGUGACAGUAUCAUCCAAUACAGAAUUUAUGAAGCAGUUCCACGUAAAUAACAAUAACAGGCUACUUCUGCAGAGUACAUCGCUACCAACAGUGCCUGGAGAGUAUACGGUGAGAUCUUCAGGAAGCGGUUGUGUCUAUGUACAAACUGUCCUGAGAUACAACAUUCCUCCACCUAGACAAGAAGAAACCUUUGCAAUUAAAGCGGAGGUUGAAUCAAAUGAAUGUGCAGAAGAAUCAAUGACAAAACUGGAGCUCACAAUCAGUGCUCGAUAUACAGGUUCUCGGCAAAAAUCCAAUAUGGUUGUUAUUGAUGUGAAGAUGUUGUCUGGAUACAUUCCACUAAAGAGCUCAGUGAGAAAAUUGGAGGAGAACUUGAUAAAGAGAAGUGACAUCCAGAUGGAUAUGGUGACCCUGUAUCUGGAGGAGCUGGGGCACGAUUCUAUCAACGUUUCAUUCUUCAUCGAACAAGAUAGUAAAGUCAAGGACCUGAAACCAGCCAUAGUGAAGAUCUACGAUUACUACGAGACUGAUGAACAUGCAGUUACAGAAUACAAUUCCCCUUGCAGCGGAGAAGACAAAAGUAACACAAAUCAAGGCACAGAAUCCAAAAAUUAAAGACGAUGGAUCACUAUAAUGUGACCGUAAUGAUGAGAGGUCUACAGUCUUCAGUGAAGAAGAUCCAUUCUAGAAAACCUAAAUAAAUAAAAUCUUUACAGUUAUAUCCAAAAGA